AUGGUGGCCAUCAGGGCUCAGGAGCCACCCCUGGGCGAGGACGAUGAGGACAAGGACCUGGAGGCGCCGGCGGUGGCCGUGGCCAAAGCGGCCGGAGCGGUCACCGUCCCCUCGGACACCGACAUCACGGCCGAGUUCCUGCAGCCGCUGCUGACCCCCGAGAACGUGGCCAACCUGGUGCUGAUCAGCAUGGUGUACCUGCCCGAGGCCAUGCCCGCGUCCUUCCAGGCCACCUACACGCCCGUGGAGUCGGCCGGCACCGAGGCGCAGAUCAAGCACCUGGCCCGACUGAUGGCCACCCAGAUGACCGCGGCCGGGCUGGGGCCAGGCGUGGAGCAGACCAAGCUGCUGCGCGAGGAGCCCAAGGAGGAGAAGGUGGCCAAGCCGGACGCGGUGGUCAUCAAGCGGCGCCUGUCGGCGCUGGGCCAGGGCCAGGCCAUCGCCGUGCUGGGCGCCCACGGCUCGGCCGCGGGGCUGCCGGACGAGACCCCCCAGGCCAAGCGCCGGCCCGAGCCCAUCAUGCCGGCCACGCAGCCGCGGCUGGCGGGCGCCGGGGGCCGUAAGAAGGUGUUCCGCCUCAGCGACGUGCUGAAGCCGCUCAGCGAGGUGCAGGUGGAGAAGCUGAAGCUCGGCGCCGUGCGCCGCAUCCUGCGCUCCGAGAGGGCCGUGGCGGCCAGCGGGGCCGCCCAGGCCCGAGUGAAGAUCCUGGCCUCGCUGGUGACGCAGUUCGAGGUGCCCCUCAAGGGCGAGGUGCUGUCCUUCAUCCUGGACGACGUCCGGGGCCGCCUGGACCUGGCCUUCGCGUGGCUCUUCCAGGAGUACAACGCCCACCUGGCCCGCGGUGGCCCCGGUGGCCUCGAGCGCUACGACGAGUGCCUGAUCGGGCUGCUGGCCGGGCUGCAGGAGAAACCCGACCAGAAGGACGGGAUCUUCACCAAGGUGGUGCUGGAGGCGCCGCUGAUCACCGAGAGCGCCCUGGAGGUCAUCCGCAAGUACUGCGAGGACGAGAGCCGCACCUACCUGGGCAUGUCCACCUUGCGGGACCUGAUCUUCAAGCGGCCGUCGCGGCAGUUCCAGUACCUGCACGUGCUGCUGGACCUCAGCUCCCACGAGAAGGACAAGGUGCGGCAGCAGGCGCUGCAGUUCAUCAAGCGCAUGUACGAGAAGGAGCAGCUGCGCGAGUACGUGGAGAAGUUCGCCCUCAAUUACCUGCAGCUCCUGGUGCACCCCAACCCCCCCUCCGUGCUCUUCGGGGCCGACAAGGACACAGAGGUGGCGGCGCCCUGGACCGAGGAGACCAUCAAGCAGUGCCUGUACCUGUACCUGGCCCUGCUGCCCCACAACCACAAACUGAUCCACGAGCUCGCCUCCGUCUACACCGAGGCCAUCGCCGACAUCAAGCGCACGGUGCUGCGCGUCAUCGAGCAGCCGAUCCGCGGGAUGGGGAUGAACUCCCCGGAGCUGCUGCUGCUGGUGGAGAACUGCCCCAAGGGCGCCGAGACCUUGGUGACGCGCUGCCUGCACAGCCUGACGGACAAAGUGCCACCCUCGCCCGAGCUGGUCAAGCGGGUCAGGGACCUCUACCACAAGCGGCUGCCGGACGUGAGGUUCCUCAUCCCCGUCCUCAACGGGCUGGAGAAGAAAGAGGUGAUUCAGGCGUUGCCCAAACUCAUCAAACUCAACCCCAUCGUGGUCAAGGAGGUCUUCAACCGCCUGCUGGGGACGCAGCACGGUGACGGCGCCUCGGCCGUGUCCCCCCUGAACCCCGGGGAGCUCCUGAUCGCCCUGCACAACAUCGACUCCUCCAAGUGUGACAUGAAAUCCAUCAUCAAAGCCACCAACCUGUGCUUUGCCGAGCGGAACGUGUACACCUCGGAGGUGCUGGCGGUGGUGAUGCAGCAGCUGAUGGAGCAGAGCCCGCUGCCCAUGCUGCUGAUGCGCACGGUCAUCCAGGCCCUGACCAUGUACCCCCGCCUGGGCGGCUUCGUCAUGAACAUCCUGUCCAGGCUCAUCAUGAAACAGGUGUGGAAGUACCCCAAGGUGUGGGAGGGGUUCAUCAAGUGCUGCCAGCGCACCAAGCCCCAGUCCUUCCAGGUGGUUCUGCAGCUGCCCCCCCCCCAGCUCGCCGCCGUCUUCGACAAGUGCCCGGAGCUGCGCGAGCCCCUGCUGAGCCACGUGCGCGCCCUCACCCCCCACCAGCAAGCGCACAUCCCCCUGUCCACCAUGGCCAUCCUGGAGGCCACCACGCGCCACGAGCCCGAGGGGACACCUGGAGAGGAGAAGCCCCCGAAGCGCCCGAGCGACGACGACCCCAAGGCCAGGGGGGGUCCCCCGGCCCCGGGGGGGGGUCCCGGCUCGGGGUCCCCCCCCCAAGAAGCCCCCCCGGAGCUGGGGGGGUCGGACCUGGAGCCCCCCUCGAUCUUCAUCAGCGUCCCCGAGGAUGAGGAGAGCUCGGGGGGGGGAGGGGACGCGUCCCCCCCCGACGCCGCCCUCGACCCCCCCAGGGACCCCCCCGCGGGCACGGAGCCCCCCCAGGCCCUGCCCCCCCCCCGGCGAGGCCCCUCCCCCCGGCAGCCCCCCCUCGUCGGAGCCGCCCCCCCCCCGGCACCCAGAGCCCCGAGGGACCCCCGGGGGUCCCCGAGGUCCCCUCCGAGGGCUGAGGGGGGCGGGGGGAGCCCCCCGAGACCCCCCCCCCCGGGGCGUGGGCGGGGCUCAAUAAAGGCCUGGGAGGAGCUUUGGGGGCCUGGCUGCUUCUUGGGGUGGUGCCAAAAGAACGGGGGCGUGGCCGCGUGUUGGGUGUGUGGGCGUGGCCCCCCGCCCUCCUCGCGCGCCGAUUGGCCCUUCCCCACCGCUGUGGGCGUGGUUUCCGCGCCGCUGGGCGUGGCCCCGCUGACUCAGCGCCGCCAUGGCGGCGGCCGCUCCCGCCCGGGCCUGACGCGGCUUCCGGCGGCCAUGGCGGCGGCGGCGGCGGGCCCGGGCCCGGCCGAGGCUCCCGCGGCCGCUCCGGAGCUCAAGAGCCGCUUCCGCACCCGCGAGGGCUCGUACCGCCUGCUGGGCCCCGCCGCCGCCGCCGCCGCCGCCGCCGCCUCCUCCUCCUCCUCCGCCCCGGGCGGGCCCGCGCCGCCGGGCCCCGGGGCGCUGCCGCCGGUGCGGCUGUCCGUGGUGCGGCUGGCGAGGAGCCGCAGCCCGCCCGGAGGAGCCGCCGAGCGCAGCCGCGUGUGCUGCAACCUCGGCCGGGAGCUGCAUUUCUACGGAGGGGCCGGAACCGGGGGACGCGGCAGCCGCAGGGCGCUGGACCUGCAGCGGCCCAUCGACAAGCGCGUGUACAAGGGCACGCAGCCCACGUGCCACGACUUCAACCAGUUCACGGCGGGCGCCGAGACGCUGGCGCUGCUCGUGGGCUUCUCGGCCGGCCAGGUGCAGUACCUGGACCUGGCCAAGAAGGACAGCGCCGGGCGGCUCUUCAACGAGGAGCGCCUCAUCGACAAAUCCAAGGUCACCUUGGUCAAGUGGCUACCGGACACGGAGCGGCUGUUCCUGGCGUCCCACGCCAGCGGCCACCUGUACCUGUACGACUCGGAGCAGCCCUGCGGGGCCACCAGCCCGCAGUACACGCUGGUCACGCAGGGCGAGGGCUUCAGGGUGUUCUCGUGCAAGAGCAAGACGCCGCGGAACCCCCUGCUGAAGUGGGCCGUGGGCUCGGGGCCGCUGAACGAGUUUGCCUUCUCGCCGGACGGGCGCUCGCUGGCCUGCGUCAGCCAGGACGGCGUGCUGCGCGUCUUCCACUUCUCCUCCAUGCUGCUGCAGGGCAUGAUGAGGAGCUACUUCGGGGGGCUCCUGUGCGUCUGCUGGAGCCCCGACGGCCGCUACGUGGUCACCGGCGGCGAGGACGACCUGGUCACCGUGUGGUCGUUCGCCGAGGGCCGCGUGGUGGCCCGCGGGCACGGCCACAAGUCGUGGGUCAACGCCGUGGCUUUCGACCCCUUCACGCCGCCCCCCGCCGCCCGCCCCCCGACGGGCAGGGGGACGGGCAGGGGGGACACCCCCGAGGACCCCCCGAGUGUCACCUACCGCUUCGGCUCGGCCGGCCAGGACACGCAGUUCUGCCUGUGGGACCUGACCGAGGACGUGCUGGACCCUCGGCCGCCCUCCCCGCGCACCCGCCCCGCCGCCGCCGCCGCUCCCGGGGACCCGGCGCCCUCCGUGCCGGGGCUGCCGCGCUCCCUGUCCCGCUCCAACAGCCUCCCCCAGCCCGGGGGGGGGUCCCCAGAUCUCGCCGCGGGUCCCCCGGUGCUGAGCGCGGGGCGUUUCGCCACGCUGACCCUGCGCGACCCCCGCGGCAUCCCCGAGAAGGAGCACAAACGUUACCACAGCCUGGGCAACAUCAGCCGCGGCGGGGGCAGCGCCGAGAAAGCCCCCCCGGGGGGCGGCCCGGGGGGGUCGCGGGGGUCGCUGGACAUGGGCAAGGUGUUGGGCACGGCGCUGUGCCCGCGGCUGCACGAGGUGCCCCUGCUGGAGCCGCUGGUGUGCAAGAAAAUCGCCCAGGAGAGGCUGACGGUGCUGCUGUUCCUGGAGGAUUGUAUCGUGACCGCCUGCCAGGAGGGGCUCAUCUGCACCUGGGCGCGGCCCGGGGUCUCUGGCCUGUCCUCGCAGAACGGCGGCUCCCCGAGUGGCACCGUGGUGUAGCUGUCACCUGUUGUCACCUGUUGUCACCUCCCGGGUCACCCGUGUCGCCCGUGCCACCCGCCAGGACACGCGUCACCUGCCGUGUCA